AUGGUUUCGUCGAAGUCCCUUGCCCUCGCGGCUCUAUCCAGCUUGGCUGUCGCUACACCACACGGGCAUAAGCACCAGCAUGUCCCCAAACACAUUCCCCACGGCACCGGCCCUCGUGGCCCACGUGGAAGUGGUCGUCCACAUGGCUUUCCGAUGGGCAAUGGCACUUGGCACGAUGCACCGUUCCCGACUGGCACAGGAGCUGGCUCUCCUCCAGUCCUCAGCAUUACGGUGAAUCCUCUGCCGGAGCAGCCAACUGGCGGCGCUGCAGCCCCUGUUGGUGGUGCUUCUCCUCCCGAUGUCAACAACAACGUCCCAGCACUUCCCACCGAGACUCCUGUCGCUGAUGCCACCAGGCCAGUAGAUGGUGGCUCCGGUGUUGCUCCCGCCGGUGGUGAUGCUCCUGUUGCAGGUGGUGCUCCUGGCGGUGGAUCUCCCCCAGCAGGCGGCGCUGGUCAGUGCACCCCAACCACAGUCACUGUAACCGUCGACGAAGUUGUCACAGUCAGCUCUGCCUCUGGCGGUGCACCAUCCUCACCUGCAGGUGGAGACGCUCCUCCCGUAGAUGGCGAAGCACCUGCUUCUCCCUCCUCCGAUGCGCCUGCUUCCCUCACUAACAUCCAACAACCCUCCGGCGGUGAAUUCUACGGCCGCCCCACUGGCGGCUACGGAGGUCAACACGGCGGCCAGUCAGAUGGCUACAGCUACGCCCCUGCUCUGCCCACCACUUUCGCAACGGCAACUACGCCUGCUGCCGGCAAUGGCGGAGGCUAUGGUGCUGCCCCCUCGGCAACCACCAGCGGCGCCGUAUCAGUCCCAACAGGCGGCUCAGGCGGCAUCGGCUCCGGCAACAGCGGAGGGUCCAGCGGCGGCAAGCGUGGCCUCUCCUUCAACGACGCCAACAUCCUCACCCCCUUUGAUGGCACUGGCAUGACUUGGGCCUACAACUGGGCGUCGACCGAGAAUGGUGCUCUCCCCGCCGGCGUCGAGUUCUUCCCUAUGUGCUGGGGCCGCGACAGCAUCGCAUCUUUCGCCAAAGAUGCCGCAGGAGCAAAGCACGUUCUCUCCUUCAACGAGCCCGACCUCGCCGAACAAGCCGGUAUGACCGUCCAAGAAGCUGUUGACGGCCACAUCAAGGCUGUCAACCCACUCGCCGCCCAGGGCGCCGUCAUCGGCUCUCCUGCAGUCACCAACGGCGGCUCCCCAAUGGGUCUCGCCUUCCUCCAGAACUGGUUCACCGCUUGUGCCGGGCAGUGCAAGGUCGAUGCAGUCGUCAUUCACUGGUACGACAAUGCCAACAACCUUGCAUACUUCAAGUCUCACGUCAACGACGCUAUUCAGCUCGCUAAGGCGAAUGGUGUGUCCAAGGUGUGGAUCACUGAGUUUGGUGUUACUGGUGGUGACGCGGCGACGUUCAUAUCUGAGGCGACCGCGUUCCUCGACGCAACGCCUGAGGUUGAGUUUUAUGCCUACUUCAUGGCUGCGCAGGGUGUGCUGUUGAACGGGAGUGGAUUGAGUGCGGCUGGGAAGGCUUAUGUUGGCCAAUAA